AAUAUCAAAAUUUCCAAAAAUACUUUUCAAGCACUUAUUGCUAAUGUGCGUGCUUAAAUGUAUGACAUUGGCUCCCUUGAGGGUUAAGGAGUUAAAUGGCGGAUGUCGAUGGCUGUGGCAUUAGGCGUAUGUUCGAAGCGCAAUUCAAGCGCUGCUCGCUGCCUUGCUGCUGCCUGCCAGCCUGUCCCGCCCCCUUUGUGCCGCCCCCGCUGCUGCCGUUUGGCCAAGUCGCCAAGUAGUCAAGCACAUUCCAAAGACAACUGUCAACUCGCAAAGAUGUCAAUCAUCAAGCGAAAUCUUCUUCUGCUGCUGCUCAUCAUCAAUCUCAGCAUCGGUUGCUGGGCUCGUCCAAAGCCUGCACCAAAGCAUCAACAACUGGAUGCCGCCCUCAAUGAGGUGACCUCCCGGGAAUUCGAUUGGGCUUCUGAUCCACAGAUUCCCAACAAUCUGCUCGAACAACUUUCGGCCAUGAGAUCCGCUUCUGUUGCUGACCAUCAGCAUCAUCCUCAUCAUCAUCAGAAGAAGCGACGCCCCAGCAACUACUGGAAGUCAGUGCAACAGCAGCAACAACGUUUUCGGGGGCGUUUCUUCAAUGUGCCCCCGCCACCAGGUGGCAUUCCACCAGGCGGUGGCAACUACUACAGCAAUGAGGUGUUGCCGCUGUCCACCUACGAGUUCUACGAGCCCGAACCCAUCUACUCCACUGCGUACUAUUAGCCAGCCAACUUUGACAAUCAAAUUGUAAAUUAGCUUUAAGAUUUCCUUUGUAUUUCCCAAAAUAUUCAA